ACGGCUUUCGCUACUUCCGCUGCUCUAUCCCUCGCCAUCGAUUUCGAUCCGCUGCCUCCCUCCCGUCCUCCUCCUCCAUCUCCUUCUAUCGUUUUGGAUCGAUAGUUGUUUUUGGCUGGCGUUCCCGAUAGCUCAGAGCACCUGGACUGGUUCUUCUGCACCCUUGGAACUAGAUCUCUUGUUCGUCGUCAAAAUCAAGGUAGAAGAUGCUGAUUACCUCGAUUUUCCUGUUUUAGAUCUAAGGAUGACAUCCAAGACCUUCUAUUUUUUUGUAUUCAUGUAAUUCUAAUAUUUUACUUUGGAUCUAUUUUUUGAGAAUUUACCGACAAAGAUUUUAUUUCUGGGAACUUGUCGACCAUCCGAUCGGAUAGAUGGAAAGAUCGGACCUGAGGAGGGAUCACUGUUGAUUGUUGCACCGGCCGAGCGCACGGUCAUGGCUGGAAUCAAACUCGAAGCUUCAAAGCCAUACUACACCACAACUAGCCUUGUUGUGGGCUACGCUCUCUGUUCCAGCUUGCUCGCUGUCAUCAACAAAUUUGCUAUCACAAUGUUCAAUUAUCCCGGCCUGUUAACGGCAUUACAGUACUUGACCUCGGCUCUUGGUGUGUGGAUUCUCGGGAAGCUGGGUUUUCUUUACUAUGAUCCCUUUACCUGUGAGACAGCAAAGAAGUUCUUUCCUGCGGCUACUGUCUUCUACCUUGCCAUUUUCACCAAUACCAAUCUCCUUCGGCAUGCCAAUGUUGAUACUUUCAUAGUAUUCCGAUCCCUGACUCCCCUUCUGGUUGCCAUAGCUGAUACCGCCUUCAGAAAGCAGCCGUGCCCUUCGAAGCUCACAUUUUUGUCUCUUGUGAUUAUUCUGGGGGGUGCAAUUGGCUAUGUGAUGACUGAUUCGGCAUUCACCCUCACUGCAUACUCAUGGGCCAUCGCUUAUUUAAUAACCAUUACAACGGAGAUGGUUUACAUAAAGCACAUGGUAACGAAUUUGGGUCUGAACACAUGGGGUUUUGUGUUCUACAAUAAUCUUCUGUCCUUAAUGAUGGCGCCCGUAUUUUGGUUUGUCACUGGGGAGUAUGCAGAUGCCUUUGCAGCUUAUGGAUCCAAUUCUGGGAACUGGUUUGAUUUCAUUGCCUUUGUUGCAGUGGUUUUGUCUUGUGUUUUUGGAUUGCUCAUCAGUUUCUUUGGGUUUGCGGCAAGGAAAGCAAUCUCUGCUACUGCAUUUACAGUUACCGGUGUUGUCAACAAGUUUCUCACGGUUGCAAUCAAUGUGUUGAUCUGGGACAAGCAUGCAAGCCAGUUUGGUUUGAUUUGCUUGCUUUUGACACUUGUGGGAGGAAUUCUUUAUCAACAAUCAGUUACUGGAAUAGGAAACCCAUCACGACAGCAUGGCUCUAUGGCUUCUAAGCAGCCAUGAAGAUGACAAACAACAUAUUCAAAGAACUUUCCUAUCCUAAAUUCUUUUCUCUUUCUUCUUGAAGUCAAAGGACCAGUUAUCAAUCUAUUUGAAGUGGUAAAAGUGUCACCAAGUCAAAACACUGAAGGAUGACUUCACCAAGUUUGUAAGAUGGAGCUUCUUUUUGAGAGGAUGGAUUACCACCAACUCUUAGGUGAUCUGUAUGCUACAUGUUCACGUGUGGAUUGUUGCAAAAUUAUUUUGUGGGAGAUGAAAUGGAUAAUUGUAAGGAUCAUGGCAAUGUCUUCAGUUUUUUGUUUUUUUUCACCCAAUAAUUCAAAUUAUCAAAGUAGUGGAGAUUUCCAUUGGGAUAUCA